CCUCCCACCACACCCCAGGUAACCCUAGUUCCCAAAUCCUUCUUGGAUCCAGCCAGCCAUGGCGGGAUCUUUGAUGAUGUCCGGCUCCUUCGACCCCCCUGCCGCCGAUCCCGCCGGCGCCAACCCCUCCCGCUACCCCUUCUGGGUUCUCCUCGACAGCACAGCCUACUUCGCCAACCGCGACAACGCCACCACCGUGAAGGGCACGACGAGCGCGGGCCACGAAUUCAAGGUGACCUUCUGCCUCGCUGACCCGCCUGCCGUCUCUUACUUCUGCGUCCACUUUACCGGAGUCAGCAUACAAGAGCUUUGCACCACGGAGCCCCGCGUCGUCUCCUCCACCUAUUACCUCGCCCUCCUCUGCUUCCCCAUCAGAACCGCCCUCGAGUACUUUGUCUACAAGGCCUUCUCCGGCGGCAAGAGCAUCAUCCAAAGGGUCCCUCCUUCUCCAGCAUACAAGCACCAGUGGCUCUCGGCAGUCGUGCCACGCGAGGGCGACAAUUUCUUGGUCGCUGAUCUUUCCCCGGGUGGGGACCUUGGGCACUACAACCUGCAUAUCUUCUCAUCGGAGACGAAAGAGUGGAGCACAAAACACCUACAGCUGCAGGCGCCCUCUGAUGUCCUGUCACGGGACCUGCCAAGCCAAACCGACAAGGUGAUCUUUCUCGGAGCAAACACUGUUGGAUGGGUCGAUCUCUGGCGCGGCAUCGUUGUGUGUGAUGUGCUCCAGAAGGAUCCUGUUCUCCGAUUCCUCCCGCUGCCCAAGGCUGAUUUCGACCUGCACCGGGAAAGUCCAGCACGGCAAGUGCGGGACGUCAUUGGCUUCCCUGAUGGUUUCAUCAACUUCGUGGAGAUCGAACAGUGUGUCAGAUGGUUCACCGUUGUCAGAAAGAGGACUUCGAAGACGACCCAUGUUUUUGACGUUGCAGAUACCAUCUCUGAUGCGGAGCUCCUCAGCAAUGAUGGUAUGGAUACAGAAGACAAACCUUUUCAUGCACCGGCUGGCUGGAAGAUACGGUCAAUGUUUAGGAGCAUUUAUUGGCACUUAUGGCAGAAGAGUCGCACUGCCCAUGUUGACCACAUAUCACCGUGCCCACCUGAAUCCUCUAAGCUGACGCAUCAUCUAUGAAAUGGACAUUGGGAAACCUGAAGACUGCAGGGUUCCCGACCUUGAGUGUUUACGGUGGUAAUACUGUCUACCUCGUGUCUAAGGUGGAGUCUCAGGAUGAAGACACAUUGCUUGUUGGUGUUGAUAUUGGAAAGAGGAAGCUGGAAGUCAUCGAACAAUAUUGUUGCGGCAGAUCCAUUUCUUUCGAUCCCUAUCCGCUUGGCGUUGUUCAAAUUGUAGGGGGGCGGGAAGUCAUUGAACCAUAUUGUGGUGGGAGAUCCACUGCUUUCAAUCCUAUUUCCUGCGCAUUCUCCGAAUAUCUGAAUGCCACUCCAAGUCCAAGGCCACGUGAUGAUGAAGUUGCAGCAGUAUCUGCUCACAGCGGUGCGCUGGGCAAUACUGUUCCAAAAUAUAUGCAAACCCAGCAAAACACGUCGAAUGGGGAUGACUCUAGCAAGUAUCAACCGCCAACCACACUCCAGCCAUCCAGUUUGACACAAACUGGGCAGCCCUUGUCAUCUUCAACUUCAACUCAAUUAGACGACUUCCGAAGGAUGCCCUCUCAAUGUCUCGCGUGCCAUUGCAACCUCCCUCCUGACCAGUACCCAAGGAGGAGGCGUUUGCACCGUGAAUGACUUCGACGGCUGUCCUCGACCAUGGCCAACAGCACCACAGGAAGCCAUUUUCAUCUCUUGCAUAUCACGGGCAGGUGGAAUAUCGUGGUUGAUGUCAUGGAAUGUCAACAAAGUGCAUGCUCUUGCAUCUUUUGAUGCUGUGCAGCCAUGUCCAUAUAUAUAUGGUGCUAUGGACCUUAUUUGCCUUGCUGAUGUUUGGUUGCUCC